AUGACUCAAAUGGGAUCUAACUUAUAUUAUUCCUGUGAAAUGUCCAAAAACUUACAAAGUUCCAUCCUCGAAACUGCCGACACGUACAAGAAGUUGUUGAAAUUAGGCGAGAGGCUCAACUCCCUAGAAACCGUAGAAAGCGCUGAGUCUUUUUCCAGUACAGUGGCACAGAAAAUCUUGCCCUUGAAUGAAGAAAAAAAAUCUAGAGCUCCAAAGAGAGCGAGCUCUAUCAGUCAUAACCCACAUAGCAGUAGAAUUGACGAAGAACUGCUGAACAAAAAACGUACGAUGCGAUGGAAAGUCGUUCUACCAGCAGAAUACGAUCCUAAUGAUACAGAACGGACACUUAAGUGUAAAAAAAUGGUGCCAGGGCUCAAGGAGGUAUUGCCUGAAAAAGGCAUUUACGUCAACUGUGCGAAACUGAUGCAUGCCAAACGAGUAUCAGGCGAUUGCAAGACGUUAGAGUCACUAGUGCUCGAGGAAGUCUUUAGUAAAAUUGCCCUAACUGUAUGUUCAACAUGGCAUGAAACCAAGUCUCCCAACAAAUGCUGGAUUGAGAGGCCUCCGUUGUAUCUCGCGGCGUGGGAUAUCUUGUUCAAUUACGUCUUACGGUUCGGAAGUCAACAAGAUUGGAAAAUUGACACCGAAGAGAUCAUCAAAGCUAUGGACAACAAGAUUUACGAAAUACGAAUCCAAACCGACAUUUUGACUGAACGUUGUAUGCUUUAA